CGCCUGAAUGUCCUGUUCUUUUGGGUAGAUGUCGAGUCUUAAUGUUAUCUUAAAUCGAGAUGAGGAACAGGACGAACACGACAGACAUGAUGUUAUUGUCGAGUCUCCAAGAAGUCUAUCCCCCUCUCCGGAAGAGCCAACACCUCCAAAAAAGUCGUCAGAGUCAUACUAUCAAAGCAGUAUUACUAUUCGGCCACAUGAGCCACACGAACACUGUCCCGACACCCUCGACUGCCUACCGGAUACGACUGGCAGGCCACAACAUACGUUGCCUGUUAUUCUGAGGUGUGCCAUACUGGGGAGUCCGAAGAAAAAGUUGACGAUUCGUGAGAUAUACGCAGCGAUGGAGAGGAAGUACCCAUAUUACCUGUCUGCGGGGCCGGCGUGGAAGCAAUCCGUUCGGCACCAUCUGUCUUUGAACAGAUUGUUUGAAAGAGAACCCCGGCCUGCCACAGAGCCUGGCUUUGGUUCGUAUUGGACGGUCAACCUCGAAGCACCUCCUGGGACGAAACGCCCGCGGAAGAGAGGGGUACGCAAAGAAGCCCCACCCCCUGAACCCAUUACAGUGGAAAGAAGACGCGAGAGACAUCGCAGAUCAAGAGAGGCUCGGUCCUCACCAUAUGGAUAUGCGCCGCCCCUUGCUAGGCUACGUCCGGUCGACGCACAUUCGUUCAGCACGCCUGCCGUCCGAAACGAUUAUGAUGUUGAUGACGAGGACGACGACAACAUGUUGCCCGACGAUAGUCCUGCUGACAGCGACGAUGAGCAGGAAAUAGAGGAUAGCUAUCGUCGCAAUAAGGUCAUCCAUAAGGAUGACUAUGAGGGCGAGAUCCGCCGCAUUGAAUCUCAUAAGGAUCCCUUCAAGUACGACCCGCGAAUGAACAUGGCCGCAAGUUCGAGUUCCUUGACCUUGGCGGAAUUGACCCCAUACCAAGCUCCUAAAGCCAUGCUUCAUGGCGCAUUUGCUAGUCACACGUAUCUAUCUCAUCAGCACCAACUCGACUACGAGUCCCCACAUUCAAUAGUGAAACGACUUUCCAUGGAGAUGGAGGUGCUGAAGCGACAGUCGAACGAGGCUCUUUCCAUUUCAUACCAGAUGACCGAACAGCUCAAGGACGUGAAAUCGGAAUCUGCGAAGAUCAAAGCCGCUCUGCGAGUCGCAGAGAGUCGCCUAGAGGAUGAGAAGCGGAGGAGAGUAGAGGCUGAGAUGGCCGCAGACGAAGAAUCGCGCCGGAGGCAAGAAGCAGAAGAUACUCUGCGUACCCUGCAGUCAUUGCCGUUCACUCGCGCACCCAAGCAGCGAUAACCGUACCCAUUCCCUGAUUUGACCUUCAUAUUCGACAUAUCUUCGACAUCCGGAUUCCGAUUCAUUUGACCGCCUCUCCAGAGAUGUGCGUCUGUCAUAUUGUUUGCAGCAUCCCAUGACCUUUCCAGCAUCAGCAUUGUAACCUCGACAUUUCGUUCCUGUGUACAACAGUACAACACGUUAUUCAAGCGAUUUUCGGAGACUUUUGAGCAGCGGCGCCUGCUCACAUUUCGUGCUACGGCACCACCGACGGUUCAGGUGAAGUUCAAUAGAGGACAGAGGUGAAAAAGAACUCACUCUGAUGGGCAUUCUUUCACGCCUCGCCCCGAUUCGGAUCCUAUCCCUUCCCUACUUGCGACAUCCCAUGGCCUCUCCCUUCCCGACGUACAGGCAAGAUACCGAAUCGGAGGUCGCGCCUGAUUCCUUUCCAAGUGUUCUGAGUUUAUAUUAGUGUAUUAACAAGACUAUUCCAGAGCAGUAUCCCAAUAAUGGAACUAUUUGGCGCGUAU